AUGGAUAUAUAAAACUAGAAAAGAAAGAGUAAAUUUUCAUUCUCAGGUACUCCUACAAAUGAAGAUUCUAAUACCUUAUAAUAAUUUAAGAAUGGGUUCAAAGGUAAAAUCUAUUUGUAUUUUUAGUGAUAAAUUCUUUAAUUGAUAAAUAAAAAUGAUAAUAAAGAUUAAGAUAAAUAAAUUAAAGAGUUUUUAAGUCAAUAAAUGUUGAAUUAGAAGAGGAAGAUCUAAAAUAUAUAUAAUUUGAUAUAAACUAGUAGUGGUGAAAUUUUAGGAGAAGGCCGCAUAGGUUUAGUAAAAGGUGUUAUAGAAAAUUUAUACAUUUACAAUAUUAAUUUAAUAUUAGAAAAUAUAAAAAAUUUAAAAUGUAUAGAAGAAAGAAGACGGAUGCGAAUUUGCAUGUAAAAUUGUAAAGACAGAUACUAAAGAUACUAAAGUGAUUGUGAAAAAUGUAAAUAAUGCAUAUUUAUGAAUUAAGGGAUAUUAGAAUUUAAGAAUCUUAAAAAUUAAGCCAUCCUCUAUAGUUGCUAUGAAGGAAUUCUAUAUUUAAUUAAAUGAAGGAUUUUAGAUAACAGGAACAGUUUUAGCGGUUAUGGAAAAGGUGAAAGGGAAAGAGAUGUUUAAGGUAAUUCAAAAUUAAAAGAACUAUAAUGAUUUUAUUUGA